AUGCAGUUCACACUCUUGACCUUCGUCACUCUCUUCGCCGCUGCCAUCGCGGCCCCUCUCAAGGGAGAGGAAGACUUGGUUGUCAAGCGCCAAGCCGCAGGUGGCCAGCCAACCACCUCACAGCCGGCCAUGACCGCCCAGGACGGAUCCGUCGUCGCCUUCGACACAGCCGGCGUCUACCUCGACUCCGUCGCCAAGGGCCUUUAA